AUGCAGCUCAAGACUUGGAGGGGCAGAUCGACUCGCACAUACAAGGGUUAUCUCGCCAUUUUCAUUUGUCUCGUCACCUCCGCAGUUCACAUCGAGAUCGUCACAGACUACACCACAGAAGCCUUAUCGCAGCUUAUAAAAGGUUCACAGGACGUUGAGGAAUAUGUGCUACCCUUCGGAGCACUACGGGAGAAGGCCCGCCUUCUCGCUAACGACGGCACACGAUGGAUAUUCAACCCUCCAGCCGCGCCUCAUUUUGGUGGCAAAUGGGAGGCGGCUGUGAAGUCCACAAAAUUCCAUCUUGCACGAGUUCUCGGAGAUACCACUCUUACCUACGAGGAGCUGUCCACGGUAGUGGUCCAAAUUGAAGCAGUUCUGAACUCUCGCCCUCUGAGCCCGCUUUCUGACAAUGCGGACGAUUUCAACGCUUUAACACCCGGUCACUUUCUCAUAGGAGAAGCUCCGACUACGAUACCAGAGCCCUGUGUGAUGGACGUACCCACAUCAAGACUCUCUAGGUGGCAACUUCUCCGUCAGAAAGUAGACCAAUUCUGGUCCCGCUGGUCCUCCGAGUGCCUUCAACGAUACCUGGCGAUCUCCAAGUGGCAUCAUCCAUCCACGGUUAUCAAGAAAG